CUUUGGCGCUCGCUCCCCGGAGAUCCCCGGCCCGGCCGAUAAGGGCCGCCGUAUAAAAGCAGUGAGGAGACGCGGCCAAGAAGUCACUCAUCGCAGCAUAGUGCAGCAGCACCUCGUGUCAACAUGGCCAAGACCUUCCUCCUCGCGGCGUUUGCCGCCGUCCUCUUCACCGUCGCGUUCUCCUCGCCGGCUCCGGCGCUGCUCGCCCAGCGGGCGGAGGCCCUCCAGCAGCUGGACGACACCGAUCUGCAGGCCCUCGGACUGGACAAGCACAACCUCAGGUUCAACUGGAUCAACGUGACCGCCAUUCUGGAGAAAAUCGAGAAUGCGCUGAACACCGUGGAGGUCAAGAUCGCCGAGGUGACGGCAAAGGUCGAGGACGCUUUGCAGGGUGUUCUCCAGGGCAUUGAAAACGCCGCCCUGAACGCGGCCGUCAAGUGGAACCAGACCGUCGUGGAGCUCGCCGAGAAGGCGGAGCAGGCCGGCGUGGACAUCCGGGACUGCAUCGAGCAGGAGCAGCCGCUCAGCGAGGUCAUCGAGGGCCUGAAGAACGACACCCGCACCUGCGUCGCUAACCAGAUCGAUGAGGUCAAGAAGGCCCUCGGUGACGUGACAGACGUCGGCGGGUUGGCGCUGGACCUGCUCGACCGCGCCAAGAAGCAGGUCGCCGAGUGCAGCAAGGCGGGCAACUUCAUCGCUUCGGGGCUGUGCCUCGCGGCGACCACGCCCGCCCUGGACGUGGAGGCCGUCGGGCUGGUCGCGGAGGCCGUCUUCCGCGCAGGGAUCGCGGCGGUGAAGGCCGGCGCGCUCGCCCCGCUCACCACCCUCUGCGACACCAAGGCCACCGCGGGCCGCGCCGCCCAGGCCACCGCCAUCGUCGACGCCACCGCCAAGUGCAUCCAGGGCAAGCUUUUCCAGUAGGACGGGGUGCGAGAUGCGAGAGUUUUUGCGACUGUGAUAUAUGUAUAAACGGUCUGGAGUAAAUUAUUUUAUUAUUAGCAA